AAAACCGCUGGUCUGCAGCGCAAAUCUUGACUCAUGAUACUUCUCAACAUAGCAACCGCAAGUCUACUUCCUCUUCACCAACAAGCCCAAGUCCAAGCAACAACAGAGCCGCUCACUUGACACCUGUUUUGGAGUUGGUUUCUCAUGCAGGACAUGCGCAGUGGGCAGGACCGCUGGAGACAAUGCCUGACGAGCUAAAGCCUGGAGUUGACGAAGAGCAUGAUAGUCAAAUUAGUCACCUUGUUCUAGAAGACGCUCACGACAAGCCAGCAACAGACGAAGUUCCUUGUCUUAAUGUUCCUGCCGUGAAACCUAUGGGGCCUGAAGCUCGUAUUUGUGGCUUCUCCAGAGUUGUUUUCUUUGUCUUGGUCUCCACUUUUGUGUGCCUAGCAAUAGGAGGCACUGUCGUUGGCAUAAUCUUCUUUCAACGAGCGAACCGAGACCAUCGGACAUCGUCCGCUGCACUCCCUGCCUCCAAUCCGGCUUCUACUACUACUGGAGGGUCUAGUGCUGGUUCUGGGACUGGUUCUAGUGCUGGAAGAAUGUCAUCGCUCGAUGACCCUACUGCAGCACGCACUGGCAUCGCAGCAGCCACAGUUGGCAAUACAAGACCUCCAUCAACGACACACAACUCUGAUGGCAGUUCGUUCACUUCCAGCCACGCGAGAAGUAUAUCGCCGUCAACCUCUGUUGGAGGUGCUUCGUCUCGAAGGUCU